CCUCAGACCCGAGGAUCCAAGGAUCGCAAUCAACAGCCUUCCGACGGCAUCGGAUUUGCAUCCUGGAGCAUGGUGACAGCGAUGUUUGUAGGAGAGAUCGUGGCGUGGCUUGCAUUGUCCUUUGGUGGAGCUGUUAGUGGCUUUCUCUGCCUCUUUCUGGGAGCCAUCUUUUCGAAUGGCAUUGGGCAGCUUACUGGCAUUGGCUCAGCUGGUGGGGCGCAGGCUUUGAGCAUGCUGACAAUGAUAACCGUACCAUGUGGUCUGCUUGUCACCGUCGCAGCCGCGCUAGUCAGCGUGCUGCUCCCGUCUUCUUGGGAGCAGAAGGUGCAGUUCAUGCUUUGGGCCAACCUGGGCCUUGCAUCCCUAUUCUUGCUUUAUGCCAUGGUGAGCACUUGGCCCGGAUUCUAUAUGCAAGAACGAGGAAGAAGUGGACAAGAACGACUCACUGCCGAAGAGGAAGCCCCUUCGGCUGAGUGA